AUGAUGAGAAGAGUUGGAGAGGCUCACCUCUUGACUAAGAUCAAUCAAUGGAAACAAUUAGGAUGUUACAUGAAAAACCAUGCAAGAGAGCUCGGAAUUGGAUAUUAUUACUCUAAUUCAAUUGUUUGCUCGAAUAAUAAUUCAAUCCACACAUUUUUCAUUUCCGGUCAACAAGGUACAAGACAGAUCCGAAAUUAUAGGACAUGUAAUGCAAAUUCGUAUGGUGUUACUAAAACAAAAGUCAUCACACCAUCAAAGAAGAAGAAUAUUGAAACUACUCAUUUGCUCCCUUCCUCAUCAAUGCAAACUCACGACGACGAUCAACAUGUCGGCAUUGUACAUUCCACCAAGAGUGGCGUAAAUACAGAAGAUACCAACAUCACUUUUGGGGAUAGAAAAAAUCAAGAACAGACUAUGCAGAGCGAAUCAAAGCAUUCAAUUUUUGAGAAAGAACCAUGCGUUGUCAGUGAUCAGGCAAUUUUAAACAAGAAAAAAUCACAAAACGCACCUGAAGAAGCUACCGAUGAUAUUUAUUCUGGAAAUUAUGAAGAGGAAAUCAAAUCAGAGGAUGAUAGCAUUCGUUCCUCCAAGAAAGAAAAACUCACACCCAUGAUGUCUCAAUAUUUCAAAAUUAAGGAGAAACAUUCCGAUUAUUUACUUUUAUUUAGAAUGGGAGAUUUUUAUGAAAUGUUCUUUGAUGAUGCAGUACGAGCGUCACAAAUUCUUCACAUUACAUUGACAAAACGAGGAAAACAUUUGGGAGAAGAUAUUCCAAUGGCUGGAAUUCCACAUCAUGCACUCGAUGCAUAUUUGCAAAAACUCAUCAAGAAUGGUGUUGUCGUUGCAAUUUGUGAUCAAGUUGAGGAUCCAGCAGAAGCAAAGAAAAAUAAGAAAAUUGUGGAAAGACAAAUUACUAGGUUAGUGACACCUGGUACUCUGGUGGAAGAUCGAUUUCUUGAGGCAAGCGAAAACAACUAUCUUGCCUCUAUAGGUUUACCAGAAAAGUUCUCUCUCAAUGAUGAGGGGCAUAAGGAACAACAAGUCACUCUAGCAUGGGUUGAACUCUCAACAGGAGAAUUCAAUUAUGUAAAUUGUGCAUUUGGGAAUUUGCAAUCUGAAUUACUGAGGUUGAGUCCAAGUGAAAUACUUGUACCAAAACAAUUCGAGGGAAUACUCAAAAAUAGACUGCAGGACUAUCAUGUCACAAUAAGAAAACAAAGUUCUUUUCAUCACUGUUCCGAUAUGAUUCAAAAACAUUUCAAGUUGGACAAUCUGUCGAACUAUAGUGGGCUUGACAUUUUAACAUGUGGAUUGAUAUUAGAUUAUGUGAAAGAAACACAAAAGGGUCAAAUGCCAACGCUAAACAUUCCUGGAAAAUUUAAAAUGGAAUUAAAUUUGUCCAUUGAUUUGGCCACUCGUAAAAGUUUGGAACUUACACGAACCUUAUCUGGUUCAAGAAAGGGAAGUUUACUUUCAAUUAUCGACAAGUGUGUGACAGCAUCUGGAGCAAGAUUGCUCUCCUAUCGAUUGGCUUCUCCACUUGCUGUUCCUUCGGAAAUUGAGGAUCGAUUAGACUGUGUCGAGUUCAUGGUCGACGAUCUCCACUUGAUUCAACAAAUUCGAGACUUUUUGAAAAAUUGUUACGACAUGGAAAGAUCCAUUCAACGACUCAGUCUCAGUCGUGGAAGUCCAAAGGAUUUGUAUUCAGUGGCUGCCACAAUUUUGCAAUGCAAAAACUUGAAAGAGUUAUUACAGAACAAUCAAACAAAGCGUGCAUUGCAACCUCCCAAACUUCUUCAAAAGACCAUUGAAGAAUUGAACACACCGGAACAGCUUGACAUUAUGGAAGAAGUUCUUUCAGCCCUCAAAGAAUACGAUGACCUUCCCAACUCGGUCCAUGAAGGAGGAUUCAUUAAGCUUGGCUAUUCCAAAGAGUUGGAUGAGUGGAUUCAUCUGAGUCAACACAGUGAAUCUCUCAUUCAAGAUCUUCAAAAGCAGUACAGAGACAUGACUGGCAUCUCCAGCUUGAAAAUUAAGAACAAUAAUAUAAUGGGUUACUUCAUUGAAUGUUCAGCGACCUAUAAGGAAAGGUUACUUCAAAUCAAAGAAUUCACUCACAAACAAACCAUGACUAAUGCUGUUCGUUUCAAAACGACACGUCUCGAAGAGUUACAAGAGAAAUUGGGAAAGGCCCAACAAGAAGCCAUUGAUAUGGAACUCAAAAUUUUCUUCCAACUUCAAAAGAAAGUACUCGCUCUUGCCAAAUCACUACUUCUUUCUGGACAAGCUGUUUCAUCUGUUGAUGUGUAUUCUUCGUUGGCCUUACUCGCAAGAGAACGUAAUUACAAGAGACCUCGAGUGUUGCCGUUUUCUGAGACACUUGCAUCAACGAAUGACCCUCUCAAUACCAUCACGAAUGGUUCUCCAUCACACCAUGCCUUGUCAAUUCCCAUGCUUCAUAUCGAAAAAGGUCGUCAUCCGAUUGUGGAAUAUGCUCAACAAACGAGUACUGCAAAAAAUCCAUCCAACAAGAAUGCACUUGGAAUUACCUUUGUUUCCAAUGAUUGUGUCAUGUAUAAUAAUGAAAAUCGACUCAUGUUAUUAACAGGUGCAAACAUGGCAGGAAAGAGCACCUAUCUUCGUCAAAAUGCACUUAUUAUCAUUUUGGCUCAAAUGGGCUCCUUUGUGCCUGCUGAAAAGGCAGAAUUUAUGGUUGUUGACAAGAUAUUCAGUCGUGUGGGUGCCUCUGACAACUUGGCCAAUGAUCAAAGUACAUUCAUGGUGGAAAUGGUUGAAACUGCAAAUAUUCUCAAUCAAGCCACAAAUAAGAGUUUUGUCAUUAUGGAUGAAUUGGGACGAGGUACUUCAGUGCUUGAAGGUCUGAGUAUUGCCACUGCUGUCGUUCAACAUCUUCACAACAAGAUUCAAUGCAGAACUCUCUUUGCCACUCAUUUUCAUGAAUUAAUUGAGAAGGCAAAAGAAUUGAAAAGCAUGAAACCAUACAAGUUAGAGGUGAAGGUAAACUCGAGAAAUGAAAUUGAAUUCACCUACCGAAUUGUUCCAGAUAAGAUUGUGGAUGGUCAGAGUGCUGCCUCAACACAUUCUUCGUAUGCCAUUCAAGUUGCCAAAUUGGCAGGGGUGCCCCAAGUAGUGACAGAUGAAGCAGAAAAGAUUCUGAACAAGUUGAGAGCAGAGAGAAGCACUAAAUGA